GCGUGCCACUCCGUGUGUGUGUGUGUGUGUGUAGGGCUAGUCUGUGUCACUGAGUGUAUUUCCGUUGCUCUGGGUCUACAGGGGUAAUAACCGCUGUGUGUGUGUGUGUGUUGGGGGAGGGGGGCAGUCACCUCGCUGUGUGUGUCUCUCGCUGUGUUGCUCGUGUGUGUGUGUGUCUCCCCCCCGUGUGUGUGUGUGUCUCCCCCCCUGUGUGUGUGUGUGUGUGUUGGGGGAGGGGGGCAGUCACCUCGCUGUGUGUGUCUCUCGCUGUGUUGCUCGUGUGUGUGUGUGUCUCCCCCCCCGUGUGUGUGUGUGUCUCCCCCCCCGUGUGUGUGUGUGUCUCCCCCCCCGUGUGUGUGUGUGUGCGCGCGCGGAGCAGCAGAAGUCCAGAUCACGUAGAGACACUCGCAGAAACUGCAGAGCAGAGAGCAGCGCAGCCGGAGAUGGAGCCGGGUGGCAAAGAUUCUGUAUCUUUAUUCAGGAGCAUAAGGUGGCUUGCUGAUCACACGAAGAUGUUGCUGUGGCUCGUUCUGGUUUUGUCAACUCGAGUUUCUUCUACAAAUGCAGGUCCUGACAUCUCGGUGGAAAUUUGCAAUGUUUGCUCGUGCGUGUCAGUUGAGAAUGUGCUGUAUGUCAAUUGCGAGAAGGUUGCAGUCUACCGACCAAAUCAGCUCAAACCACCUUGGUCUAAUUUUUACCACCUUAAUUUUCAAAACAACCUACUGAUCAUUCUGUAUCCAAACACAUUUCUUAACUUUACACAUGCAGUGUCCCUGCAGCUGGGUAACAAUAAAUUGCAGAACAUUGAGGGAGGAGCAUUCCUCGGGCUCAGUGCAUUAAAACAGUUGCACUUGAACAACAAUGAAUUAAAGAUUCUCCGAGCUGACACUUUCCUUGGCAUAGAGAACUUGGAGUAUCUCCAAGCUGACUACAAUUUAAUCAAGUAUAUUGAACGGGGAGCCUUCAAUAAGCUUCACAAGCUGAAAGUCCUCAUCCUUAAUGACAAUCUGAUUUCAUUCCUGCCCGAUAAUAUUUUUCGAUUCGCUUCUCUAACCCAUCUGGAUAUACGAGGGAAUCGAAUACAGAAGCUUCCCUACAUUGGAGUUCUGGAACACAUUGGUCGAGUUGUCGAACUGCAGCUGGAAGAUAACCCUUGGAAUUGUACCUGUGAUUUGUUGCCUUUGAAAGCCUGGCUGGAGAAUAUGCCCUAUAACAUUUACAUUGGAGAAGCUAUCUGUGAAACGCCUAGCGACUUGUAUGGAAGGCUUUUAAAGGAAACCAAUAAACAAGAAUUAUGCUCCAUGGGGACAGGGAGUGAUUUUGAUGUGCGCAUUCUGCCUCCAUCCCAGUUGGAGCCUGGUUACAGCACACCUAAUGGCCACACUACGCAAACGUCAAUGCACAGAUUAGUCACCAAGCCUCCAAAAACUACAAAUCCUUCCAAGAUCUCGGGGAUAGUAGCAGGAAAAGCGCUCUCUAAUCGCAAUCUCAGUCAAAUUGUGUCUUACCAGACCAGGGUACCCCCUCUAACUCCUUGCCCAAGCCCAUGUGUCUGCAAAACUCAUCCUUCUGAUUUGGGAUUAAGUGUAAACUGCCAAGAAAGAAAUAUAGAAUCAUUGGCCGAACUCGUACCAAAACCUUUCAAUGCCAAGAAACUGCAUGUAAAUGGCAAUUAUAUUAAGGAUGUGGACACCUCAGAUUUCAUUGACUUUGAAGGGCUGGAUUUACUACAUUUAGGCAGUAAUCAGAUUGCAGCAAUCAAAGGGGCGGUUUUCCGCAACCUUACAAAUUUACGGAGAUUGUAUCUUAAUGGCAAUCAGAUCGAGCGGCUGAGUCCAGAAAUGUUUGCUGGCCUCCACAAUUUGCAAUAUCUGUAUUUGGAAUACAACGUUAUCAAGGAAAUUUUAGCAGGCACAUUUGACUUAAUGCCAAAUUUGCAGUUGCUCUACUUGAACAAUAAUCUUCUUAGAAGUCUGCCAGCUUAUGUUUUUGCUGGUGCUCCACUGGCUAGACUGAAUCUGAGGAACAAUCAUUUCAUGUAUUUACCUGUAAGUGGCGUUCUUGAUCAGCUAAAAUCUCUUACACAAAUUGAUUUGGAAGGUAACCCGUGGGACUGCACGUGCGAUUUAGUUGCUUUAAAACUAUGGCUGGAAAAACUAAAUGAAGGUAUUGUGGUGAAGGAAUUAAAAUGUGAAACACCUGUUCAGUUUGCUAACAUUGAACUGAAGUCUCUCAAAAAUGAGAUCUUAUGUCCUAAACUUUUAAACAAGCCAUCUGCUCUGUUCACUAGUCCUGUGCCUGCUGUCUCUUUUACUACACCGUUGGGUCCACUUCGAAGUCCUCCUGGUGGCCCAGUUCCGUUGUCCAUUCUAAUCUUAAGCAUACUAGUUGUGCUUAUUUUAACAGUGUUUGUUGCUUUUUGCCUUCUUGUCUUUGUGCUUCGGCGCAACAAGAAACCAUCAGUAAAGCACGAAGGAAUUGGGAACCAAGAGUGCAGUUCCAUGCAACUGCAGCUAAGAAAGCACGACCACAAAUCAAACAAAAAGGAUGGACUAGGCGCAGAGGCCUUCAUUCCUCAAACCAUUGAGCAGAUGAGCAAAAGCCACACUUGUGGCUUAAAAGAAUCCGAAACAGGCUUCACAUUUGCGGAUCCACAAGGGCAAAAAGUCAUUCUGAGAAGUAUUACCGACAAGGAAAAGGAUUUAUUGCAUGUGGAUACCAGAAAAAGACUUAGCACAAUUGAUGAACUGGAUGAGUUGUUUCCUGGGAGGGAUUCCAAUGUAUUUAUUCAGAAUUUUCUUGAAAGUAAAAAAGAAUACAACAGCAUAGGGGUCAGUGGCUUUGAAAUACGUUAUCCAGAGAAACAACAAGACAAAAAAAUCAAGAAGUCAUUAAUAGGUGGUAAUCAUAGUAAAAUUGUGGUAGAGCAAAGAAAGAGUGAAUAUUUUGAACUGAAAGCUAAACUUCAAGGUUCACCUGACUACCUACAAGUCCUUGAAGAACAAACAGCUUUGAAUAAAAUAUAGGUCAUGCAAUCUUAUUUCUUACAGAGGACAUUUAUUUAAUGAUGAAAGUGCCUUUUGUUGACUUUUAACUUCCGAAUACUAUAUUAUAUUGGUAGGCAUAGAGGCAGGUAUAUCCAAGGGUAUCUGUCUGUAGCUGCAUAUGAUUUCUCAAGUAGAGGAGAUUUCCAUAAUAGAUUUUACUACAUAAAGCUGAUACCCUCUGGAAUCCUGUAGGGAUACUGCAAACUCUAUUGCCAAAGGGAUGCUUUAGACACAUAUUACACUGAAUUUAACCUCAAAAGGCAUAUAUGUUUUGUACCUUAGAUGCAAAACCUUUGUCUCCUUGUGAUUUGUAAGAGCAAACACAAGAAAACUGGUACCAGUGUUUGUACCUCAGCUGGGUCCUUCAUCUUGCACGUGGAUUAAGUUGGUGGAACUGGAGUAAUCCUUUGAUUUGUGGUGUUGUAGCGGCACUGUUUAAAGAUUAUCUGAAAAGUAAAAAGCAUGCAAAGAGAGAACAUUCAAUAGUAUGUGUAAAUCGGUUACAUUUAUGGCCUGCAUCUUGAAACCACUGGAUUUAUAAUGUUAAAUUGUGCAAAUAUUUGUUUAAAAUAUACCAUGCGUAACAUACCUAUAAAAUAAAUUUGACCCUUGAAGUAUACCUGUCUAUACAUAAAAUUUAAAAAAAAAAAAAGAAAAGAAAAAAAGUGCAACCUGACUUCUGCAGCAUUUGUAGUGAUAUGAAGAAAAUACUUGAUUUUAAUGCAGAAUCUUAUGUAAGACUCAAAUCCAAUUAAGACUAGAGUUCCUUCUCAGUUAUCUGAAACUCCUACAACCCCAAAAGGUUGACCAAACUUUUCAAAGUGCUUACUGUGUGAGCGUAGCAGAAAUUAUUUUUGUAAGAUAAUUCAUAUUUAUGAAAUACUUUGUAUACUAAAUAGGAAAAUAUGUACUCCGUAAUAUGUAUUUAAUAUGCCUGACUUGUUUUCCUGAUCACAAUGCAUUAAUCAUUCAGUAUAAAUUAAAAACAGAACAAUAUACCAAACAAAAACCGGUGACAAAUUGUAUAGAAUUAUCCGUGAUCAGGUAUAAUAAUAAUAAUAAUAAUAAUAAUAAUAAAAAAUGUUCUGUACUAUUCUUGUGAAAUUAGUAUAUUAUUAUCUUAUUUCAGAUUUGUUCCCAAUGGUGCAUUUUAAAAUAGAUUCAUUAGUUUUUUAGUAUUGUGUCUCAGGCAAUUAUUUGCCAUCGGUUGUCUUGCUUUUCAGGGUUCUGCAGCUUAAUCUAAAUAGUUUUCACUACAAGUAUUUACAGGUGUUAAUGAAUAAGGGUAAUAGUUGAAUUGUAUAUGCAUCAAUUUUUUGUCCCAGUUAUCUAUCUGACUGCUGUCAGUCAGAUAAUGAACCAGAUCAGUAAACCGUAUGGCAAUCAUUUGUCUAUCAAAGCCACACUGUAAAAUGCAUUUAAUGGUCUUGGUUCAGUUCAGAGUAUUUUGUAGUCCACAUCUAUAAAGAAUACAAACUUGCCUUUGUGAAAGCUGAAUCUCAAUUGAUAGCAACAAAUGGUCAAGAUGGAAAACACCCCCUUUUUCUCACUGGGAAAUGGUAACUUAAGAUCACAGUAGGCAUGUAUUAGUAAAGCAUCAUACAGAAAAUCUAUUCUACAUGCCUGAUUCAGAGCCCAUUCAAGACAAUAGGGGCUCCUCCACUCAUAGAAUCAUAGAAUCAUAGAAUAUCAGGGUUGGAAGGGACCUCAGGAGGUCAUCUAGUCCAACCCCCUGCUCAAAGCAGGACCAAUCCCCAAUUUUUGCCCCAGAUCCCUAAAUGGCCCCCUCAAGGAUGUUAGUGGACUUUGGAUCAGGACCUUAAUCUAUCUUGCUGCCAUAAAUUUCCCCCCACGCCUUUUAAAAUCAAUACAUAAGUCUAUCAAAUUGCAACAGAAAAUAAACAUUAAUGUUUUCAUGAAUUCCAAGUGGCAGCUAUUACAACAAAGCCCGAUAGCACUACUGUGGUUAAGGCUGUGUCAGCAUUUUCCAGUCUAAACCUCUAAUUUCAGGGCUUUAUAACUCUGCUGUAAAAUUUUAUUCUGGGAUGAUCCUUGGCAUAAUGCCUGGAAUAUUUUUUAACAAAGUUUUUUAAAAGCAUCAGCACGUCUUUAUUUUAAAGAGAGAGAGAAGAAAGAGUGAGAGAUAUUUUCUACUUGUCAUUUCAAAAGAGUUUUUUUUUUUUUUUUUUUAAUUUCCCCAUGGUACAAAAUGAUUGAUGGACUUUAGACUUUUUAAAAUAAAUAAACAACAGACUGGUUCAUCUUUGAAAAAGCUGCUAUUACACAUGCAUACUAAUUUAUUUAAUCCAAAAUGUCAUUGAGAUUUUCUGGAUAUGAUUACUAUGCAUGCAUAUAUUCCUGGCCUAAAAGAUUCCUUAUGGCGUGUUUACCCAAAUCACUGCACAGGCUCUGAGGAAAGUGUUUUACUUUAUUGUGUCAAGGGCCUAUGGAUUAAGGAAUCUUAAAGAUGUACUGAAAUGCUAGACCAUAAAGGCACCAUCAGGUAUCUGAGGAUAAUGGGUUGCUGCCUUCUACUCACUGCUACACAGCUUUGAGAAUGUGUCAAGGGUCACUGAGAUUUGCCAAGGCAGAGAGCCUAUGGCUCAUAGCCUUCUGUUGAGAGAUGUGAAUUAAAAAGAAUACACAAAUCUUUAAUACAUAAAUGCUACAUUGUGAGUGUUGUUAAAGGUGAUAUAUUUGUGGUUGAUAUUGCUCAGAUUUAACAGAACAACAGUUAAGUAAAUCAGUUUUACUAUGAUUGAUAUGCCUCCCGCAACAACAUUAAUUUGGGUCCGGUCCUCUCCUCUUUCGCCUGGGGAAAUCUCCCAUUGACUGUUAAAGAGAAGAAGAACUUUACCAUUAUGCCCACACUGGACAGAUCUGGCGACUCUUUUAGGUCCUCCUCCAGCAAAGCAUUUAAUUACAUGCCCAACUUUAAUCGUGUGCAAUGAGAGUACUCACGAGUUUAAAAGUGAGCACAGGCUUUAGUGUGUUGCUGGAUCAGGGCCUAAAUGCAUGGUACCAUUGGCAUGGACUUAAAUGGGAGCGGGUGCAGGAGCAUUGUUGUGUAUGACACAGUUCGUCCCUGCUGUAGAACCCUUAUUCACCGCGGUGAUCGCUUUGCUCCCAUGAGUUGUCUGACUGAAUUCAACAGGGUCAAUGGAAUGUAUGCUCACCGGUGUCAAUAAGGAUUGCUCAGUCUGGGCCUUACUGUGUAGGUCUCUCAGUCGUGUUUUACAUUCGUGGUGUAAUACCGGUGUAAUACCUAGGCAGAGCAGUGUGAGUUAAAAAAAAGAAAAAAGAAAAAAAAAGCUUAGGUGGGCAAACCACUAUAUUUCUUUGAUGCUGUUGGUUUAAAUGUCAACCUGGAUGUUAGUUUACUUCCUCCAGUGUUAAGGGACAGUGUAUGUGUCUGGAUAACAGUUUAGUGGCAUGUUCAUUCCGAUCUAAUGAUAGUCUAUCCAGGAAAGGCACUCUUCCAUGUGGCUCAACAGACCAGGCCAGCCUUUGCAUUAUAUUGAUUUGAGUGGCCACAUUGUUACAAUGGCUGCAAUGACAUAUAUGCAGCACUAAAGCAGUGAAGGUGUUAACAUAAUUUAUUGUGUUCAUUGUAUUAUAAGCCAAGUUUACAUUUUUAAUGAAAUCAAUAAAGUGUAAUCAUUUCUUUGAAAGAGAAAAACUUUGUGCAAUUUUAUCAGAAACCAGUCAUUAUAAUGCAGCAAUUUGAGUCCAGGCGUCAACUGACAUUUUACAUGUAGUUUUCCGGACUGAUAGUAAAUAAAUCUGAAAGAUAAUCCAAAAGGUAAUUUUUAAAGCCAUAAGGGUAUACAUUAUAAAAGGCAUGGCCUUGUGAAUAAUGUUAACAAAUGUUUCAGAGUUAACAAACACAUCUAGAAUAUCUAUCUAUAAUAUUUUUGCAUGAUUUGUACAUUGCUGUUGUAUGAAAUGAGCACAGUGGAAUUUUUUUAUUUUUAUUUUUUUGUUUUAUUUAAUUUUAUUUUGCAUCCAAAGAGUUGGGAAGGAAAUAUAACAAGAAUGUAUUGAUAAUCGCUCUAUUUUGAAAUAAAGAAAACAAAAUGUAUUGUUUUUACCCUGCCUUGAUCAUGACUAUUUUUAGAUUAGUUUAUAAGGAAAAUAAAGUUAACUUAUAAUAUCCAGUACAAUGUAAAACUCAGAAAAAAAUGUUUCAGCGACCUUUGUUUGCUUUCAACAAACAUCAAAAUAUUAGGCAGAAUUUAUUUAAAAGAUUUGUAUGGAAAAUUAAUAAAAUUGUUUGGUACAAUCAUA